AUUUUUAACUGGGACAACAUAUAAACAAACAGUUGAUUGUGCUCAUUCUAAAACAGGCACUUUGUGCUAGGACUUGGACCUAUGAUAAAGUUGUCUUUACGACACAGUGAUUCGCUAAAUACAAAAAUACUUUAUAUUACAUAGUGACUUCAAGAGGAUUAAAAGUGUUAAGCAUACACAAAAAGAUUUUUCCCAAGUAACUAAAUAUGAAUGAAGUACUGAGGGAUGACACUAUGCAGCACAAUGCACCCAGUUCUGCCCCACUUGGUGGGGCAUUUGUUAAAUCUAACCAGCAGUACUCUAGCAUCAGAUCAACAGGGUCCAGGGGAGGCUAUCAGAUGCCAGGAUCUGUCAACAUGGCAGGCAGCCAGCUGGUGCCACAAGCCCAGCCUGUCAUGCCCCUGUCUGCCUACCACUCCGCCUGGCUGGCUGAACAAGACCCUGUGCUGAAGAAGUUUAGGAAACUUGCUUAUGAAGUGCUCUCCUUAAAGACAGAACGUCCCAAUGCUAAGGACAAGCUUCACUCAGCAUGCAACAGAGUCCCCAUUCAGAUCGGGGCAAACGUCGAGUCCGUGCUUGUUGGCGCUGGCAACCAGUUUGUGUGUCGGGUGGAUAUGGAGCGUGUCAUUGUAGCAACAGGUCGAGCCUCUAAAAUCAAAGACGCCAAAACCAAUGCGCAUGAGAUAGCUCUACAGAAGAUCCUGAUGCCUUACUUGCAUCUUGUCCAGCAUGAUAACCACUUAGAGCUGGAGGGCAGUCAGACUCCCUUCCCUCCAGCCAGCCAGUCUACAAGGCCAGCUGUACAGCCUAGGGUGAAUCACCCAUCAUUGGCCACCACCCCGUCCUGUCCUGGGGCGGCAGGCCAGCACAAGGAGUCAAAUAUGGAGGCCGCUGGACGUAAACGUAGACCCAACGAGUUCAAACCCCUGGAGGAUUUUGUCAUCGUGGAACCUCUGGUCGUCCCCCAUGACUGUAACUCUGCUCACACCCUCAGGAGGAGCGCGGACUUCAACCACAUGCUGCUGGAGUACGAAUACUUCUUCCUUGCCGACCUGACUCGCUGCGUCCUCAAGAUUGAGAACAAUGUUCUGGCUGAUGUGAAGGAAACCUCAAAAAUUGCAGCCAAGAACACGGCAUCAGAUGUAGCACUAAGAAGUCUGAGAGAGUUAUGUUGGGUGAUCAAGACGAAGCAGUCCUCAGACUCCGAGGUCAGGAUCAGCAAGGAGGAAAUGUUGAGUGAGUUGAGUGAUCAGCGCGAUGUCAUUGGUGGAGACAACAUCGGGAACAAACUGUUGCGCAAGAUGGGCUGGGAGGGUGGAGGGGUGGGGAAGGAUGGCUCAGGUAUUGCCGAGCCUGUCUCACUUAAAAGUGUUUUCAACAGACAGGGUCUGGGCCUGAGUUCUGCCGCAGGCAUCACGGAGGAGUUCAGGAGGAAAGUGAAAGAGAUCAUUGAAAACUAUGCUGUGUCUGACAAGCAGGAAGACCUCUUGUUUUCAUCAGACUUCAGAAUUGAGGAGAGACAGGUCAUUCAUGAUGUGUGCAGAAAGUUAAACCUGAAGAGCAAAAGUCGUGGGAAGGGGGGGAACAGGUAUUUGUGUAUCAGCAGAAGGAGGUCAGCCUUCCAGCUGUUUGACCACAUCAUGUCAUGUGGGGGGGAGACAUCCAAAUACAAGCUCCUCCCACCUGGGUCAGCCCCUACCCAGGGGGUCGGGUCAGCCCCUACCCAGAGGGGCGGGUCACCCCCUACCCAGGGGGUCUGGCUGAGUGUUGAUUGGACAGGUAGUACAGUGGAAGAGAGGAGUGUUGUUGGUAGUGGAGGUGCAUCUGUGUUGGUCAAAGGUGGGGCCACCACAUCAACACUUUUAAGUGGGCCAACUUCAUCAACACCACUUGUAGGUGGGCCGUCUUCAUCAACAUCACAUGCAGGUGGGCCGUCUUCAUCAACAUCACUUUUAAGUGGGCCAUCUUCAUCAACAUCACUUGUAAGUGGGCCAUCUUCAACAUCACUUUUAAGUGGGCCAUCUUCAACAUCACUUUUAAGUGGGCCAUCUUCAUCAACAUCACUUUUAAGUGGGCCAUCUUCAUCAACAUCACUUGAAGGUGGGCCCACGAGGGAGGACACAGCAAGGACCACAAUAGCAGACCACAACCAGCCCAUGAAACAUGCAGAUAAUGCUAAACAAAAAACAUCAAGUAUUUCAGGAGACCAGAGUGCAACGGAUGAAUGUAAGGCAGCAUCUGAAUCGAGAUGUGGAGACAUGGACAUAGACUCACUGAGAGAUCAAUAUGAAAGCAGCACAGAGUGGAGACUUCGCAGAAAAUUUUUAAUGUCCAACAUAGAUUUGCCUCUAGAUCGCCUGGUUUGUCUGUCUCGAUGUUUUGUCAAUAUCACUAUGUAUGGGUGUGCCUACCCAGGUCAGGUGAUGAGGGAGGUCAGUGAGAGGGCUGCUGGGAUACAGGCGGAGGUCAAGGAAGAAAGGAAAUCUCAGAUGAAACAAAACUAUGUAAUGUUUUUUGUGAGAGCUUCAGACGAGCACUGAUGGUUGCACUCAAUGUUCCAGCCAGAUUUGACAUCUUCAUCUUGUGACUGGAUCAGAUGUCUGAAUGUGGGUAGUUGGUGAUGUGUGAGAGGUCUGUGUGUGGGUAGUUUGUGACAUGUGAGAGCUUCAGACGACCACUGAUGGUUGCACUCAAUGUUCCAGCCAGAUUUGACAUCUUCAUCUUGUGACUGGAUCAGAUGUAUGAAUGAGGUCUGUGUGUGGGUAGUUUGUGAGUGAGAGGUCUGUGUGGGUAGUUUGUGACAUGUGAGAGGUCUGUGUGUGGGUAGUUUGUGACAUGUCUGUGUGGGUAGUUUGUGACAUGUGAGAGGUCUGUGUGUGGGUAGUUUGUGACAUGUCUGUGUGGGUAGUUUGUGACAUGUGAGAGGUCUGUGUGUGGGUAGUUUGUGACAUGUCUGUGUGGGUAGUUUGUGACAUGUGAGAGGUCUGUGUGGGUAGUUUGUGACAUGUGAGAGGUCUGUGUGGGUAGUUUGUGACAUGUGAGAGGUCUUUGUGUGGGUAGUUGGUGACAUGUGAGAGGUCUGUGUGGGUAGUUUGUGACAUGUGAGAGGUCUGUGUUUGGGUAGUUUGUGACAUGUGAGAUAUCUGUGUGUGGGUAGUUUGUGACAUGUGAGAGGUCUGUGUGUGGGUAGUUUGUGACAUGUGAGAUCUCUGUGUGUGGGUAGUUUGUGACAUGUGAGUGGUCUGUGUUUGGGUAGUUUGUGACAUGUGAGAGGUCUGUGUGGGUAGUUGGUGACAUGUGAGAGGUCUAUGUGUGGGUAGUUUGUGACAUGUGAGAGGUCUGUGUGGGUAGUUGGUGACAUGUGAUAGGUCUUUCUGUGGGUAGUUUGUGACAUAAUGCUGCUGUUGUUAGAUGCCUGAAAUUUCAUGCACAAUAUGAAAUUAAUGCAUUUUGUGAAAUUUGAGUCAGCUCAUCCAUUUUGGCUCAUUUUGGUUUUUUGUAAGUAAUUUUUUCCAGUGUACCUAAAUGUUUUGAUUUGUGUGUAUCUAAAUAUGUAUGGUUGUUGGUCUGUGUGUAGAUGUGUGUGUAUGUGUGUUAGUUUCUAUCUACAUCUGUUGGUUUGUCUGUAUCUACAUCUGUUUGUCUGUAUCUACAUCUGUUGGUUUGUCUGUAUCUACAUCUGUUGGUUUGUCUGUAUCUACAUCUGUUGGGUUGUCUGUAUCUACAUCUGUUGGUUUGUCUGUAUCUACAUCUGUUGGUUUGUCUGUAUCUACAACUGUUGGUUUGUCUGUAUCUACAUCUGUUGGUUUGUCUGUAUCUACAUCUGUUGGUUUGUCUGUAUCUACAUCUGUUGGUUUGUCUGUAUCUACAUCUGUUGGUUUGUCUGUAUCUACAUCUGUUGGUUUGUCUGUAUCUACAUCUGUUGGUUUGUCUGUAUCUACAUCUGUUGGUUUGUCUGUAUCUACAUCUGUUGGUUUGUCUGUAUCUACAUCUGUUGGUUUGUCUGUAUCUACAUCUGUUGGUUUGUCUGUAUCUACAUCUGUUGGUUUGUCUGUAUCUACAUCUGUUGGUUUGUCUGUAUCUACAUCUGUUGGUUUGUCUGUAUCUAUAUCUGUUGGUUUGUCUGUAUCUACAUCUGUGUGUUUGUAUCUUCAUCUGUUGGUUUGUCUGUAUCUAUAUCUGUUGGUUUGUCUGUAUCUAUAUCUGUUGGUUUGUCUGUAUCUACAUCUGUUGGUUUGUCUGUAUCUACAUAUGUUUGUCUAUAUCUACAUAUGUUGAUAGCUUGUAUCUCUACAUCGGAUAUAUCAAGCUAGUACAACUGUAGUUGGUUCACAACUUUUCCUAUUCACCUCAAAGUUCCAUUUGAUUG